AAAAUUACAAGCAGAGGGUUGGAGAUGAGUUGUCUUUGGUCAAAUUUUUGAAGGAUAGAUUUAUGGCAGAAAAGUUAAAGGAGGGAGAUGAAACAAACCAACCAAGUUGCCUUACAUUCCACGUUUCUCUCUCUCCAAACACCAGUAUUUAGGGGCUUCUGUUCCAUGUAUUGCUUUUUUCUUAAACACUCUCCAUCUUUCGGGUUUACAGCUUUUAGUUCCAUGGCUUCCCUGCUUUUUCUCUCUGCCUUUUGUUGCCAAAUUUAUGGCUUUUCUUCAUGCUUUUCCUUCUAGUUCCUAGAAAUCUACUUUCUAUUUGAAUUUUCCCAGGCUUCUCGGUUGGAUGUCCUGAAUUUAGAAAAUUUGGACAGUUUGUUUGGUACCCAUUUGAAAUAUAGAGGUCCUAGGGGUCUGGGUGUAGGAAUUGAGGUAGAGUAGUGGAGGUUCAUAGCUUUUUAAUCAGAACCUACUGAGAUUUUAGGGGACUUUCAAAGAAUGGAAAACAUUGCUGGACUUAGUGUGGAAGAUGAUCAGAUGAUUUUGCCUCCGGGAUUUCGAUUUCAUCCCACGGAUGAGGAGCUUAUCACUCACUAUUUAUCCAAAAAGGUUAUUGAUUCCAACUUCAGUGCUAGAGCUAUUGGACAGGUGAAUUUGAACAACUCCGAGCCUUGGGAGUUGCCUGGGAAAGCGAAAAUGGGAGAAAAGGAGUGGUACUUUUUCUGUGUCAGAGACAGGAAAUACCCUACUGGUCUGAGGACAAACAGGGCUACUGAGGCUGGCUACUGGAAAGCCACAGGGAAGGACAAGGAGAUUUUCAGAGGAAAAUCUCUGGUCGGAAUGAAGAAAACCCUGGUCUUCUACGCGGGGAGGGCUCCAAAGGGAGAGAAAACCAAUUGGGUGAUGCACGAAUACAGAUUGGAGGGUAAAUUCUCUCUCCAUAACCUCCCUCAAACAGCAAAGAAUGAAUGGGUGAUUUGCAGGGUAUUCCAAAAGAGUUCCGGUGGGAAGAAAACCCAUAUUUCAGGGAUAGGGAGAUUGAGCUCUUAUGGAAAUGAAUUGAAUCCUUCUGUUCUGCCACCGCUAAUGGAUGCUUCGGCAGCUUACAACCCCAGGACCAGACCUGCCACUUCGCAAUCACCUCACGUGCCCUGCUUCUCCAACCCCAUCGAUGUUCCCAGAAACCAAGAAGACAUAUUCGACUGCUUCAACAAUCCUCUCCUUGCCAUUUCCUCCAAUCCUUCUGACAUUUUCCAAAGAUUCCACCUCCCAAACCCCUUUUACUCAUCUCAUGCUGCCACAAUUCCAGGAACUCUGCAAUACCCCACUUCCUUCCUAAUGCAAGACCAGCCAAGCCUAAGGGCUUUACUGGAGAACCAUGGAUCAACCAUGAGGCAGAGCCAGAAACUAGAGAGGGAGAUGAUCAGCGUCUCCCAGGAGACUGGCUUGAGCACUGAUAUCAACACUGAGAUCUCCUCCGUGGUGUCCAAUCUGGAAUUGGGGAAGAGACCAUUCGAAGAUCAACACGUCCCAUCUACUUCAGUCGGACCUGUUGACCUUGAUCCCCUUUGGAACUACUGAGACUCAAAGCAAGCAGAAACAGAGCAACUCCUCUCGAAUUACUACUAGUUUACCACUAUAGUCUGAAAAUGAAGGUGUGAGCCAGUGUAUAGAUUUCCUCGAUCCAAGUAAGAGAGAUGAAAGAAAAGAGUGAUAAUACAUAUUAUCCGUAUUGUAAGAUAUUACAUUAUAUCUUUUACUCUUAAUUUGUCAUAUAAUCUUAAAGAUUGUCCGCUUGCUACACCUUAAUAUUAAUGAAAUAUAAGAUUAGUUGGUGGCUACC